UGCAAGGCGGUGACUCUGUAUGGGAAGGUCUUAGAAUCUACAAAGGCAAAGUAUUCAAGCUUGAAGAACAUCUAGAUCGGUUGUUUGAUUCAGCAAAGGCUCUAGCUUUCAAUAAUGUCCCAACCCGCGAGGAGGUAAACAUUUUGAUGAAGAUCAUACCAUUGUCAUAGUUUGGAUUCUUGGGUUUUGAAUGAUAGUUAUCAGUUAUCACAAUGGAAAAUGCAUAGGUAAAAGCAGCCAUCUUCAAAACUCUCAUAACCAAUGGGAUGUUUGACAAUACACAUAUAAGACUGUCUCUAACCCGAGGCAAAAAGGUAUGAGACUAUUAGUUACACCUUUUAACAAUUUCAAAGUAAAUAUUAAACUCAAACAAGCUAUGGAUUUGUUAAGGUCACUUCUGGAAUGAGCCCUGCGUUUAACCGUUAUGGAUGCACAUUGAUCGGUAGUAGUUCUUUAUUUGUCUCUUGCAACCAUUAAACUAUUUAGUCUAUGGAAUAUGGUUUUUGAUAAUUAUUUUUUGACGAAAUAAUGAAUAGUCCUUGCUGAAUGGAAGCCUCCAGUAUAUGACAACGAUAAUGGAAUUGUGCUGGUGACUGCAACUACACGUCGCAACUCUCCCACCGUAUAGUCCCAUUAAAGUUUCAUGAUUUCAUAUAUGUUUAGCUGAGAGACACAUCUACUCAAAAGUGUUGUUUACCAUCGUUGUUUUUUUUUUGCAGAAUUUAGAUUCCAAGAUUCAUCACAACAAUCUCCUCAAUAACAUACUCGCAAAGGUUCAGUCAUUUGCCACAGAAUCAUGUGAUCAUGUGUUGGUAAGACAUAGUUUUUAGAUUCUUUCUAUGUGAUAAUGACACAGGUUGAAAGCAACAACGCUAAUGUCGAUGAUGCAAUCAUGCUUGACAAGGAUGGCUUUGUGUCUGAAACCAAUGCAACCAACCUUUUCAUGGUGAAGAAUGGCGUAGUUCUCACUCCCCAUGUAGAUUACUGUCUCCCAGGGAUUACCCGAGCUACUGUCAUGGAACUGGUGGUGAAAGAGAACUUCAUCCUGGAAGAACGAAACAUCAGCUUGUCGGAAUUUCAUACAAGUGAUGAGGUUUGGACUACAGGAACUAUGGGAGAACUCAGCCCGGUUGUGAAAAUUGAUGGUCGUGUGAUCGGUGAAGGAGAAGUAGGACCGGUUACAAGAAAACUGCAAAGUGCUUACAAGAAACUGACCGAUGAUUCGGGUGUCCCGAUACCUACUUACCAAAAACUUUGAACCAUGUUGAAAGAACUAUGGGUGUGUUUACGCAAGUCCAUAAAAGACGUUGCGUCGUUUUCACUUUGAUAAUAAUAAGUGCAUGAUGUUUUUAGCACAUGAUGGUUUGGGCCAAUGUAAUAAAGUUGGUCGCGUGCAAGUCAAGUGUGUUUCGUCCUCCUCGCCUAUUUCAUUAUCAUGUUUAAAAUUGAUGGUCUUCCCUUCUUCUUCUUGUAUGGCAACUGGAAAGUUCAAAAUUUGAUCGUUUCUUUUCUUUUGCCAUAGCCGUCAUUUAACGAUAUUAUUUAAGUGUUAAGAUAUUGUUAACUACCAAAUUCAAAUAGUUUACUAGAUACAGUUCUAAAAGUGUUCGUUGGCCCACGUCCAGUGACAAUUUCUGAGAGAGUACCUCAGCUAUUGAAAUAUUUUUUUAAAAAAUACAAGUUAGAAAGAAAAGUUGAUAUCUCUACUAAUAAAAUGGACCUUUUGAGGCUCCAUAGAGCGUCCACAUCAGCAAAAAAAAACUACU